GGAGGAUCUCAUUGCACUGUGUCGGAGGGAUGUGGAGGUGAUGGGUCUCCAGGGAGGGUUUCUUGGAGUCUCUGUUGAGCCCAUGGGCCAGAUCCCAUAGCGGGGGCCGCAGAAACUUCCUUCUGGCCCCAGCAGCUCUGUUUGAGCCCACGGACCGCACCUGGCUUCUGGCUCUCUGGGAGGAGCAUCAGCAAGAGAGCUGGAAGGCUGCGGCCCAGCGGGAACAUGCCAGCCAACCAGACCUCUCCCGGGCCAUCUCUGGCUCUGGCUGUGGGGAGAUGUGACAACUUGUGUGAGGGCUCCGUGUCAUUCGAGGAUGUGACUGUGGACUUCAGCAGGGAGGAGUGGCAGCAGUUGGACUCUACACAGAGACGCCUGUACCAGGAUGUGAUGCUGGAAAACUACAGCCACCUGCUCUCAUUGGGGUAUGAAGUUCCCAAGCCAGAGGUCAUCUUCAAGUUGGAGCAAGGAGAGGAACCAUGGAUUUUGGAGAGAAAACCCCCACAUCAGAGCUUUUCAGAUGCGAGGUUUGGGAUUAAGACCCCACAAAAAAGAAUUUCUGGAAAAGGUUCAUUUCAUAGUGAAAUGGAGGAGGAAGAUACAAGAGAUGAUUCAUUGUAUUCCAUUUUAGAAGAACUGUGGCCAGAUUCUGAACAGAUAAAACGAUAUCAGGAAAAACAGAGCAAACCUCUGAGUCAUGCUGUUUUCAUCAAUAAGAAAAUAUUGAAUACAGAGUGGGAGUUUGAAUAUAAAGACAGUGGAAAAUUUGUGCCUUCAAGCCCAAAUUGUAUUCCUUCACAGAAAAGGCCCCAUAAAUGUGACUCAUUUGGAAAGAGUUUUAAGCAGAAUUUAGACUUGCACACUCCGAGUAAAAACACUGCAACGAAAAACUUUGAUAAAAAUACUGGACGUGGUCAAGUUUUCACUCAGAGCUCGUACACUAGCCUUGCAAAUACUCCUACAGGAGAGCAACUCUGUGAAAGUAGUCAGCGUGGAAAAGUCCUCAGCCUUAAACAAGCAUUCAGUCACAAUCUGAAAUUUCCUGCUGGGGAGAAAGCAGAUAUGUGUACUGAGUUUGGGAAGAUCUUCACCCAGAAGCCACACCUCUUUGCACCCCAGAGACUCCAUACUGUGGAAAAACCUCACGAACUUGGCAAAUGUGUGAAUGUUUUUCCACAGAAGCCACUACUCAGUAUAUAUCUGAGAGUUCAUAGAGAUGAAAAACUGUAUGUAUGUCCUGACUGUGGGAAGGCAUUCAUCCAGAAUUCAGAAUUAAUUAUGCAUAAGAAAACUCAUACUAGAGAAAAACCCUAUAAGUGCAGUGAAUGUGGAAAAUCAUUUUUCCAGGUGUCAUCUCUACUUAGGCAUCAGACCACUCAUACUGGAGAAAAACUCUAUGAAUGCAGUGAAUGUGGGAAAGGCUUCUCCCUGAACUCAGCCCUCAAUGUGCACCAGAAAAUUCAUACUGGGGAGAGACACCACAAAUGCAGUGAGUGUGGGAAAGCCUUUACCCAAAAAUCAACACUCAGGAUGCAUCAGCGAAUUCACACAGGAGAGAGAUCUUAUAUAUGUACUGAAUGUGGGCAGGCCUUCAUCCAGAAGGCACACUUGAUUGCCCAUCAAAGAAUUCAUACUGGAGAGAAGCCUUAUGAAUGCAGUGACUGUGGGAAGUCUUUCCCUUCUAAAUCACAACUUCAGAUGCAUAAGCGAAUUCACACAGGAGAGAAACCCUAUAUAUGCACUGAAUGCGGGAAGGCCUUUACCAACAGAUCAAAUCUCAAUACUCACCAGAAAUCUCAUACUGGAGAGAAGUCUUAUAUAUGCGCUGAAUGUGGAAAGGCCUUCACUGACCGGUCAAAUUUCAAUAAACACCAGACCAUUCAUACUGGAGAGAAACCCUAUGUUUGUGCCGACUGUGGCAGAGCCUUCAUCCAGAAGUCGGAGUUAAUUACACAUCAGAGAAUUCAUACGACAGAGAAGCCUUAUAAAUGUCCUGAGUGUGAGAAAUCCUUCUCCAAGAAACCACAUCUCAAAGUUCAUCAGCGAAUCCACACAGGAGAGAAACCAUACAUGUGUGCUGAAUGUGGGAAGGCCUUCACUGACAGGUCAAAUUUCAAUAAACACCAGACAAUUCAUACUGGAGAGAAACCCUAUAAAUGCAGUGACUGUGGAAAGGGCUUCACUCAGAAGUCAGUUCUGAGUAUGCAUCGCAAUAUUCAUACAUGAAAGUAACCGUGUUUCUUAAAAAUGAGAAAGCCUUAUCACAAAAGUCAGGUCUACGUGUAUAUUAUGAAACCUAUCCAAGACAGACCCUACAUGAACACACUGCAUGAUAAAAAGCUUUUGUCAGACUCUCUCACCUGAGAUGAGAAAAACUAUUCAAGAGACCGUCUAAGAAUGCAUUGAUUCAAGGGGACUUUUCAUAUUUGCAAGGCUUCACAAAAUAGAAUUGAAUCCUGUCAAUUUGGGGAAAAUGCUGUCAAUUUGAUGCAUUAGGUAAAGCCCUCCUGUAGAAAGUGUGAUAAGGCAGAUUGUUGUCAAAUUCCUUAUAGAUGGAAUGAGCAAAUUUAUGUAAAUGACACUCAUGUUUACUGUGUUUUAUUAAGCAAUUUAAAGUGGCAACAAAAUGAAAGGAAGAACAACAAAAUAAUGUAUUUGAUGUGUAGACCUAUGCUCAGUUCUGUAGGGUGUUUGUGGCAGAACACAUUGCACAACAGAAGGAAUAAUUGAAUUGAAAUUCUUUUUUGAAUUUAAAAUAAUUGUGUCUGUCAAAUAUAUUUCCUAUUGAAUCCUCCCACAAAUCCACAGUUUUAAUGUCACUAUAGUUUUAUGUAGGCCCAUAUCUGGAGAUAUACUCUUACAUGAACACAUAAAUAUAAUCCUAUCAUUCAUUUCCAUGUUGGUUUCCACAACAUUCUGUUUUUAUCCUCUUUCAUUGUGGUACAAUGCAAAAUAGCCACAGACCUCUCUCAUCCAUUUAUGUCCACCCUUCUGCAAUGUUACUCUUUUUUUUCUUUUACUAAGAGGUAGAGCUCUGUCUACUCCUUGACUCUCAGCUUGGCCAUGGGAUUUGCUUUGGCCAAGGUCCAUUGGCAAAGAGAUUCAAGAAGAGGCUGGAGAAAAGUCUGCCUGGAGGCUUAUCUUCUCUUGCUGCUUUUUGGAAUUCUGAGAUCUUCCUGUGAAGAAACUCAAGAGUACCUAGCUGGAGGGUGAGAAACCACAUGGAACAGAGAGGAGCCAGCACAGAUGAGGCCUCUUAGACCAACUGCCAGACAUGAGAGUGAGGCCUUCCUCAACCUCCAGCCCCAGCCAAACUGGCCCACACCAAAAGAGCCAUACAGUUAGCCCAGCCAACCAGAAUUAUGGGAUAAAUAAAAUGGUUCUUGUCUUAA